GAGAGAGAGAGAGGGAGAGAGAGAGAGAGACAGAGAGAAACAGAUGGAGAGAUAACUGCGUGUGUGUAUGUGUGUGUGUUGAGUCAAUCAGUUUCCGAAAAGGGCGUCCUCUUCGCUGCUUUUUCUCAUGUUUGUCUCUUCAGAGGAAGGGGCAGUCCCAGCGCCACAGCAGAUCCGGAAUUAGAAGGUGUUCGUUCGGCUCUGCUCGGCUCGCUCGGUCGGUGGGCUCCGCGGCGGUUCGGUUCUAACCGACACGAAGAGGUAGAGGAAACAGAAACGGAACUAGCAAAAAAGCAUUUUAGAAAAAAAAAGGAAAAGAAAGAAAGAGUAAGGAUAGGGGAAGCCGGGCUGACUGAAAGUGUCGACCGAGGGACGGACGACAAACCGGAGAAGAAAAGAGGAAUAACAACAGAAAAGUAAAGGGGGAAGAAGGACAAGAUGCCUCUGGCUCAGUUGGCAGAUCCCUGGCAGAAGAUGCCACUCGGGCGGACGUCUGGAGAGGACACGCAUCAUGAUCCCGAGGACUCGGUGGGCGAGGACGACUUGAUGCCGGUAAGUACCGAUGAUGUGCCAAUCAAGGAGAUCAGCAUCACUCACCAUGUGAAGGAAGGAUCAGAGAAGGCUGACCCACGACAAUUUGAGUUACGCAAAGUCCUGGGACAAGGCUCCUUUGGCAAGGUGUUUCUGGUGAGGAAGGUUACAGGGCCAGAUGCCGGUCAGCUGUACGCCAUGAAAGUCCUGAAGAAAGCAACACUAAAAGUGCGUGACCGGGUCAGGACAAAGAUGGAAAGAGACAUCCUGGUGGAGGUCAACCAUCCCUUCAUCGUCAAGCUGCACUAUGCAUUUCAGACAGAGGGAAAGCUCUACCUGAUCCUGGACUUCCUCAGAGGAGGAGAUCUUUUCACUCGUCUUUCUAAGGAGGUAAUGUUCACAGAGGAGGAUGUGAAGUUUUACCUGGCAGAGCUUGCUCUGGCCCUCGAUCACCUUCACGGCCUGGGCAUCAUUUACAGAGACCUUAAGCCAGAAAACAUCCUGCUCGAUGAGGACGGACACAUCAAGCUGACUGACUUUGGUCUCAGUAAGGAGUCCAUAGACCACGAGAACAAGGCCUACUCUUUCUGUGGGACAGUGGAGUACAUGGCACCUGAGGUGGUGAACAGGAGAGGACACACGCAUAGCGCCGACUGGUGGUCGUAUGGCGUUCUCAUGUUUGAGAUGCUGACGGGAACGCUGCCGUUUCAAGGCAAAGACCGGAAGGAGACGAUGACCAUGAUUCUAAAGGCCAAGUUGGGAAUGCCACAGUUUUUGAGUUCAGAAGCUCAGAGUCUCCUCAGGAACCUUUUCAAACGCAACCCUGCCAACAGAUUAGGAGCUGGACCAGAUGGUGUGGAGGAGAUCAAGAGGCAUCAGUUUUUCAGCACCAUUGACUGGAAUAAACUCUUCCGCAGAGAGAUCUACCCUCCUUUCAAACCAGCUGCAGGACGACCUGAUGACACUUUCUAUUUUGAUCCAGAGUUCACAGCGAAAACACCCAGAGACUCUCCGGGGGUUCCUCCAAGUGCCAACGCCCAUCAGCUUUUCAGAGGAUUCAGUUUUGUUGCCAUAACAGAAGAGGAUACGCAACCACUUCCCAAUACUAUUGUUCAGCAGCUGCACAGAAGCACAUCCCAGUUCUCAGACACCUACGAGAUAAAAGAGGACAUUGGUGUCGGGUCCUACUCCAUCUGUAAGCGCUGCGUGCACAAAGGAACCGGCAUGGAAUACGCAGUCAAGAUCAUCAACAAGGCCAAGAGAGACCCGACUGAGGAGGUGGAGAUCCUGCUGAGAUACGGACAACAUCCCAACAUCAUCACCCUCAAGGAUGUGUAUGAUGACGGCCGGUCAGUGUUCCUGGUGACAGAGCUGAUGAAAGGAGGCGAGCUGCUGGAUAAAAUCCUGCGACAGAAGUUUUUUUCUGAGAGGGAAGCCAGCGCUGUGCUCUACACCAUCACCAAGACUGUGGAGUAUCUGCACGUACAGGGGGUGGUGCAUAGAGAUCUGAAACCCAGUAACAUCCUUUACGUGGACGAGAGCGGGAACGCCGAGUCCAUCAGAAUCUGUGACUUUGGUUUCGCCAAACAGCUGAGAGCAGAGAACGGUCUGCUCAUGACGCCGUGUUACACAGCCAACUUUGUCGCACCUGAGGUGUUGAAGAGGCAGGGUUAUGAUGCCGCCUGUGACAUCUGGAGUCUCGGAGUCCUGCUCUACACAAUGCUAACAGGUUUCACUCCAUUUGCUAAUGGUCCAGAUGACACGCCAGAGGAGAUUUUGGCUCGAAUCGGCAGCGGGAAGUUUGCACUCACAGGAGGAUACUGGACUUCUGUCUCUACUGAGGCUAAGGAUCUGGUGUCCAAAAUGCUGCAUGUCGAUCCUCACCAGCGGCUGACGGCAGGUCAGGUGCUCCGACACCCAUGGGUGACACACAGAGACCAGCUGCCCAAAUACACCCUCAACAGGCAGGACACACCCCACCUGGUCAAGGGUGCAAUGGCUGCCACCUACUCAGCCCUUAAUAGGAACGUUCCUCCAAUCCUGGAGCCAGUGGGCUGCUCCACUCUGGCCCAGCGGAGGGGGAUGAAGAAGAUCACCUCCACUGCCCUGUGACCUUUAACCCCUCCACCUCAACUCUGACCUCGAUCUGACCUCUGCCGGACCCCCCUCCCCCCACCCCCACACCCCUCUCUGUGAUCCAGUCCGGUGGGACAAACUACUGAUGGACCCAGGAACCGCUAACGCCAAAUAGGAACGCCAAGAUCACAGCUCCUCCCACCCUUGCCAUCCCUGCACCUUAACGGACUCUUCUGAUUGGAUCUCAUGGCCGGCUAUUUCUCAGCUUUAGCAGCACUGAUCAACGACUGGACCGAGCUGUCAUGAAAACCCAUUUCCCAUCAUGGAGGCUGAGUUCUCCUGUGGCGUCUUUGCUUUGGACAAUCAGCACUACCUUGUAGAUCCAGAGACCCGAGUGCACGUCAGGAAAAGUACUGUAUUUAUUUACUUCAAACGGGGAAAUCUGAACUUAGGAAAAUGGUAAUCUAAUGUAUGCAUUUAAAGAGGUAGGAUCAUUUUAUUAUUACUGUUGUUACUUUCUACGUAGCUGUAGAUCCUGUAUUUAAACCUCAAGUAGCCUCUGAGAUGACAGCAUCUACAGGAAAGGACUCGAGGCGUGAAUCAAUGUUAGCAGCAGAGUAGACCUGCAGAACUACACAAGUCAAAACUUGGGAAAGACAACUGAUGCAUUUACUCAAACCUGAAAGGACAAAAAAAAAAAAGGAAAAAAAAAGAAAAGUCUCCGAGGAGCAUGAUUUUGUACAUCUCACACUUCCUGUACCCAGUAUUUUACAAUUCAGGGGCAAAACAAAGAACAAAAAGGAAAAAGGUUUGUCUUACCUGAAGAUCAAGUUUAGAGUAUCCAAUAGUUUGCUUCUGAAUUUACCAAUCUGUCUCAAAAACCUAAACGAAUCAAUCAGUUUUAUUUGCAUUAAGUUGAAGGAUAAGACUGGCAGUAUUCCAUGUUUUUCUUACUGCAAACAAAUCAUAUAAAAAGCAUCAUAACAAUAUGACUUCCUUUCUGUGGCCCAUUGGUUCACACUAAACGCAAAUCUUCAAAAACACCUCAGAAAUUAAAACGGGCCAAAUUAAAUCAAGGGGAAAAAUCCACAUUUUAAGCUUUAGUGGGUAUUUGGGGCAGCAGGACGGUGUAUGUGGGAGUGUUCAUGGUAAUGAAGGAACACAUCACUCAGUGCAACAGUGCGCCUCACUGAUGUGUUUUUAAUAGUUUUUGAAUAAGAAUGGAGCUCUGUGGCUCAGAGGACGAAGGUAGUUCAGGCUUUGAUAAUACUGAAGGAUCAACUGACUGUUGGUUUUGGCCUUUUCGUGGAAUUUGUGUGUUUAUUUUCAUCUAAAGUUGGAGAGAAAAGUCAUUUGUUUCUCGCCCAUUCACUCUCAUUGAAACAAGAAAAUUACAGCCUGAGCACAUAAACGAACAGGAACAAAGCAGAUUCUACCUUUAAACUGUGUUGUUUUAAAAGCUGCACAAGGCAACUUUGCAUUUUACGGCGCCCUCAGGUGGCAUCAAGAAGGCUGAAUUUUUUUUUGAAAGGUUGAAGCACUUCAAUAAAAUGAUGCAAAGUGACACUGCAAACUCAGACCUAAAAGCAGAACAAGUUUUCCUCUGGACAGACUUUGCUCUUGUAUUUGACUCUUUAAUCUGGCACUUGAAGUACUUAAUGUGACACAGAUUUCCCACCGGUGUCCAUACCUGCGAGCUUAAAUUAAUUUAUGCAAAAAAACCAAAAAAAAAUGGUGAAAGAAAUCCUCACAUCAACCAGUACAACAGCGUGUCUCACUGAUUUAUUUUAGUGUGUAGCACAGUUUGUAGUAAUACAUUAUAAUUUUUUUGAUUUGACUGUUUGCUUUUUUUAAAUUCAAAUUUGAAAUACCUAAAUAUUGUCGAUAAAUUACGUUGGGUGCAAAGUACAACACUGGCUACCAAAAUAUAUUGGAGAAGAAGAAUAAAGUGGCAGAACAUGGAAAGCAUCUUUGAGGUGGAUUAGAAAAUGAUGAUGGUGUAUUUUCAUCCAGAAGUCUUGCCUUGUGCAGCUUUUGUCAGUAAAUUUAAAUUCACUUUAACACAACUAGACGGGUGACAUUUCCACAACCAACACAAGAGAAUGCGGGCGCAUAUUUGAGGAGUCCCAUUUUGGGGCUGGCAGCAUCCUGAUUUUUCUUCCCCCAGAGAACAAAACAGGAGGAUGUUGUGUUUACCUGGAAACAAGUUGCUUACCUAACAGGCUGCUGGAGGACUUAAUGUUGGACCACCUUCUAAAAGCAAAACGGUGAGAGAGAGCUUCCUGCUUCCGCAAACAAUCACUGGUAUGAGAAGACUUGAACCCGGAUCAGCCUCUGACCUUCCUUAUGAGCCGACUGAUCAUCUCUGUGUGUGCAGCAGACAGGAGCUGAACUGUAAAUAUAUAUAGAUGUCAAGCAACUCAGGUUUCUAUGAAUCAAGACAAUGCAUUUUUAUAUUUCCAGCAGGGGAUGAUGAACAUAAUAAGCACACAGUUAUGAAUGAUGGGAUGUGAGCAGGACACCAGGAGGCAUUUAUCAAUUAUAUUCCAAAACCUGAUCGAUGCAUGGAUGUUUAUUUUUUUUUUUUCAUUCCAUUGCAAAAGUCUUGUUUUAUUCUUCUUUAAACACUGACGUCUUCUUUUGGAGCUCAACUCUUCCUGAGGCUUCAUUUCUACCACAUGCACUCUUUAACGUGUUUAUGUUCGUGAGCAGCAAAAACCUUUAAAAAAAAUUUCAGUAACUCAAAGUGUAGCAGAACAAAGGCAUUUACAGACAUUCCACUUGUAUUCAGGCUUCAAAACUACCUGUAAGUAUGAACGCCAUGUUGGAGGAUCAUCAGAGAAGAAAUUAAAGUUCACCCAAACUGCAAAAAUCAGAUCACUUAACAAAGUAUACAACUAGUUUAUUACUUAAAGUUGUUGGGGACUUACUGUCAAAUCAAAUCAGCAGACUGUUGAUUGUUGUUAAUUAAAAUGACCGAUAUAACAAUGUAAAAGUACUCCACUACGAGUAAAACAUCUGCCUUCAAAUCCUGCUUAAGUAAAAGUACAGACAUGAAUGUCCUUAAGGUAUUAAAAGUAUUCAGUCUGUGGAAAAGAGACAUACUAUGCAUCUCAUCAAGAGGUUAAUACUAACUUAUCAAUUUUUAAGCAGCAUUUUACUGCUAGUUUUAAAUACUUUAAGUACAUAAAUCGGAGGUGUUUGAAGUAUUUGAGAAUGAACCUAUGUGAGAAGUUCAGGCAGGACAUGUCUUCAACAACUCACAGUCCCAAACCAGAAAAGUUGGAGACCACUUUAGCUGUUUAUAGUACUAGUAUAGUACUAAAAUCUUAUUUUUUAUGUACACAUUUAUGUGAAAAGUCACAACUCUAGCUGUCAGAUGAAUGGUACUUAAGUAAAGUACAAAGGUAAUUAUUAUACUUUACUACAUUUGUGUUACACUUUAUACAUAAAAAUGUCCACUCAUAUGAUAUGACACAGUAGUAUACUACUAAGUACACAAAGUAUUUUAAAUUGUAUAACACCAAUAUUAAAAUGCUCUUACAUGUAUUCAUUAGUGAUAAAAUACAUUAAUAUCCUGCACUUUUUAAGGAACCAUUCUGCAUAAUGAGUACCUUUACUACCUUAAGUAUAUUUAUAUAAAAUUUAGUUAUAUUAGAGUUUUAAUUCAGGAGUUUUACCUGAAAUGGAGUACUUUUAGACUUUGUAAUUUGUACUUUUAUAUUCAUAAUUGAUAUUACCACUACUACUCCUACUACUGAAUGACUUUGAAUGAAAUCAUUAUCAAAUGACUCAUCUGUAAAACAAGUCAGGUGCAGAUAACAGUUUGGGUUAAAGGUUUUUGGGGGUUUUUUUUUUUGUAAUUUGGGUGAACUGGCCCUUUAAUCGCAGCACAAAAUUUGAAUCUCUUCAAAAACAUAAUUGUCUUCUUCAAGGCUUUUUUCUAGCAGAGCACUCAGUAAUCACACAUGACCUCCAACAUGGCCGCCAGAGGCUGUCACCUCGUAUUAAAGCCCUCUAUUGUUGCUUCUCAGUGUUGGACCUGAGCCCUCAGAGCUCAGGGUUCAGGUCUUUAGUGUUUCGCCUUCUGCAGCGGAUCUCAUCAUGUACCCGUGUGUGCCUCUUCUCUCCUGAGGUUUUAACUACGUUAACGAGCAGACUGAAGACAAUCAGUGAGCAUUUAAAAGAACACGAAAUCUUGCAUCUGUUAGCCAUGAACGCUACAUCCUGUCAGUCUUCCUGUGAAUGGGUAUGAACUGCUUCCUCUCUGCGCUCAUCUGAAUGUCUGUCAGCACAAAGGGAGAAAACUUUCACUGCUCUGAGAUUAGAGAUUUUCUUUGUUUUAUAUAUGUAUUAUGAAAUAUAUCAAUGUUGAUCUCUGCCUCGUCUAUCGAUGUACAGCUCUGGGAUAAAGGAAUGUAAAAGGAAUGAUUUUGUUUCUGUAAUUAUGAACAGGGGGGUAUAGCUUUCUUCUUCAUCUUCCUCCUCCUCCUCCUCCUCUUAUCUGAUCCUGUCAGACGCAUUCAUCCCUGCUGCUAUGCCAGCUCUCUUUUUUUGUACCUGCAGUGAGAGUUGGACUUUCUAAUAAAGAUAAUAAAAAGGAUUAUCAGCUAAUAAA